AUGCCCGAGACACUCGAGAUGUGUCACGACUCGAUGCGAUUCCGGUGCCAUGCCACAGGUAUGGCUGGUCGACAGCAGGGUGCGCCCAACUGCGAGAAAUACGAGAAAUAUGAGUGUCGCGACCGACCCGUUCAAGACCGACAAUGGCGAGACACAUACAAACCACGAUGGAAGACAAUCUCAUCAGGCUCCAGCUGGUGGACUACAAUAUUACUCUGUCUCAUAUUAUCAUUAUCAUCACCUGCAACCGCGGCAUUGCUCAAUUUCGACAACUGCCUAAGCAAAAGUAUCCUGGAAUCCGCCCCGUUAAUGCUUCAAUACGUGCCUCUUGACGUCGCAGUUUCGUUCAACCUAAAUGACUCUUUACAUCCGUUGAAUGUGACCGUCUAUGGAAACGUGUCGGGAACUGCGGACCAAGCGCCAAAUUAUCCCCCGGAGAAUAGUGCCAACUGGACCAAUCCUAAUUCCACAGAAGGCAAGAUUGUCGACCUGGAUGCCUCGAAUAACAAGUACAGCACACUUUUGAGCACCUUCAAUGUCUUAAGUUUCACCCCCUGGAGCAAUCCCUCGAGGUUUUGCAGCUCCCUGAUACAAGGUGAAUGUCCACUGGCACCGGUUUUCCAAUACAAUCUGAGCGAUUUGAGCACCCUGCACGCGUUCUCCGUUCAACAUGAUAUGCUUUCUACCUACCGAUUUUCCACAAUCACGCCAAACUUGAUCAUUCGAUCUGGAGAUGCUGCGGCAGAUAUGUUGGGAUGUGUCACAGUAUCCAUCACGCCAGACUUUGGGUCGCCUCUGAAAAAUGCGCUGGCCUAUGUGCCAUUGAUCAUAUUGAUCAUGGUGGCUGUUGGCAGUAUUAUCGCGGCCAUGUAUACACCGUGGGGUACAACGGACAUAUUUCGGUGGACCAGUAAUUACGGCCGUGAUGAGGACGUUCUGCGCCUUGUCACACCUGGCUUUGCUGAUUGCCUGCAGUAUCUCCAAUUUGUUGUGCUGACUGGCUCCUUGUCCCUGGAUUAUCCAGGGUUCUUCCAGCCUGCCGUAAGCCACGGUUCUUGGUCUGCCCUGAUGUUCAACCAGAGCUUCGUCCAGUCGGGAGGUAUGAAUCCUGUUCAGGACGGAGUUUACACGAUCAAUGGCACAUACGGAUUGGAUCGAAUGAGGCAGUUGGUGGGUAUGUCUUCGGAUCAAGAUAUCUGGCCUGGAAUGAUGAUCUGGCUGUUGAUUAUUUUGGGAGCUCUUACCUUGAUAAUCCAGCUCGGCUUCUCAUUGCGCUGGGUGCACCGUGAACUCGCACAUAGCACUGAACAGGACCUACGUGCCAAAAACAUGCCAUUCACAGUCGGCAACAUCAUCCGUGUCCUGUUCAACUAUCUUCUACUCCCUACAAUCUCGCUUUCAUUCUAUCAGCUGGUCACUGCACAAGGCUCUCCUGCGUAUAGUGUUGCUCUGGCUGCGGUGGUGAUUGUGGUGCUUCUGUGCUUCGCCAUCUGGUUUGUGCGAGUGAUCGUGUCUACCCGACCGACGUCUCAUCUUUUUGAUGAUCUCCCGACAGUUUUACUGUACGGUCCACUCUACAAUACCUAUUGCGAUGAUGCAGCUGCCUUUGCUAUAGUGCCAAUAUUCCUGAACUUUGCACGUGGUGUGGCCAUUGGUGCACUACAGCCAUCUGGCAUUGCUCAGGUUGUGCUGCUUGCUAUCUGUGAAGUUGUAUCGGUGCUUACACUGAUUGCAUUCAGACCAUUCCCUGGUCCGACCCACAUGAAUAUCUACCAGUGCCUGUUCUCUUUUAUCAGAUUUCUGACAAUUAUCUUAAUGGUGGUCUUUGUUCCAUCCCUCACUGUUUCCUCCGCGGCGCGAGGUUGGACUGGCUACGUGAUUCUUGUCUUACACGCCAUAGUCCUGAUAUUUGGAUUCUUCCUUAGUGCUCUCCAAACCUUGAUUGAGGUUCUGGCGCGACUAGCUGGCGCUGGUGGAGCAACUCGCGGCGGUCUGGUCAAGGUCUUCGGGAAGCGUCAGCUGUCAAGGCGUGUACCUGUACCACGGCGGGAUAUCACUCGGCAGAGCUUGGGCUCAGAGGCAGCCAUGUUAGCAAAUGUGGAUGAUCGUGUUUCUUCUCCAUAUGAAGAAUCACGUCCCCGGAGUUUAUCUGGAAGUUCAGGUCUCCUUUUGAGCCGUGCAACUGGGAGCGAAGGUCGUGCUAGCGCAAUGAUAGAUUAUGCUAGUUCACAUGGCGGUCACAGUCGUGCUGCAAGUGCUAACUUGAUGGCAAACUCUCCAACCGCUUAUACCGGAGCAGGAUUUCCGCCUAGCGGAGACUCGCCAAGUAGUAGUACUUUCAUUGGUGGGUCAUCGCGAGAUCCAUAUUACCGACCUCCUCGACCAGGCCGACGAACACCCCAACAAGGGUCUGGAGAAAGGAGUAAGCGAAGCUCAAGAAGUUUUAUGAAACCAAUCCGGAUGAAUACAAAUGAUUCCAUCGAUACUUCUGGGCGAAACACACCGGUGCCUGCGUAUUUACCAGCACCCAAAGAUGACAUGGAGAUGGAUGAUUCGCAUCAGCAGAAAGACUAUGCUGUUCGAGAAGUUGACUUCUAUUACCGAGUCCGUGGCCCGCCCCUUUCCCACACCGGUACUCGCAAGUUGAAAACUGGUCCUGCCGAUCCUACAGGUCCUGUCUCAUCUGCUACAGGUUGGUUCCGCGGCAUCUUCCAAGGCAAGACUAAAGACAAAGGCAAAGGAUUUGAGGUGGUUCGAAGUGCUCGAGCACCUCCGCCUGGACUUUUUCGAGAAGCUGCAUACAAUGGAGAGGAAUAUCAUGACGACCCAGAAGACUCUGCUGCUGCUGUAGCCGCUGGUUCUGUUUCUGGUGGCCACUCGCGCAAUGUAUCUGCAGGCGAGGGUCAGUACCUUGAUUCAGAAGGCGAUCAUUCGAAUGAUGAUAAGCCCAAGGGGUCUCUGGAUGGAAAGGCUCCAGUUCUUCCACCAGUGGGUUCUGUAGGUGGCAUUGAAUUACCCAGUCGCACUGGAUCCCGCCGUACACAAGAUGGACUGGAGAAGCCUGAAGAAGAUGGUUCGGAAGCCCUCCCUCCAGUCACAGAGGCUUCUUCUCAUUCGCGAACUCAUUCAAGGGCUAGCACGCAACCUGCCCGCUCUGAUCAUCUUCGACCUGAGUCCCCUACUACAGGGCGAUUACCUUUUAGCGGCAGCAGCUCACCUUCCCAAGAGCGCGGUCUUUCUGUUGCAUCGACAUCUGGCUCACUGACUUCCAGUCAUCGUACUGGCCACGACGGAACACGCAGCGAGCGACCUUCUAGUAUGGGCUAUGUUCCUCAGCAUCGCACACAGGAUAACAUCCAUGAGGCACAUAUCGAUGAGCCAUCUUUUGCUGGCAGUUCUGCAGAACUAGUUGAUGAACAACUGAACGAUGAGCCAUAA